CCCCACCGCGCCCACUUAUGACGACAUUGGAUCUCACCAGGUUCUUCCGGGCAUGUGCACAGCUGUCAAAUGCUGAACGUAAACAAAGAGAAGUUUGAGAUGUUGUAGUUUUAUUUGCAUCACCUGUUAACCAGUAAUGGGCCGUGGCAACAUAAUAACCGAGAUUUGAAACCUCCGUAGAGUUUGUGGUUUUAGGGAAACUCCACAUGCUAACGCGUAUUGCUAACGCUAUUGUGGAGGGGAUCCACAUGAACAGGUAGAGGGGAGGAGAUGGGCUCUGUUCGCUGGGCUUUCCGCUGUGGAUCAUGGACACCCAGCAGGUCUGAGUGGUUGUUUGCUGCUCGCUGCAUCCAGCGUGAGGAGAAGGACAGGAUCGGGCAGUUUGUGUUUGCUAAGGAUGCUAAAUCAGCCAUGGCCGGCAGGUUGUUGCUGAGAAGAUUUGUGUGUGAAAGGAUGGGGAUCCCCUGGUCAGAGAUCACACUUGAAAGAUCCCCCAGAGGGAAACCUUACCUGGCAGCCCCACUGAAGGUUCGUUCUGUUUCAGGCACAGAAUCCCUCAAUUGGAGUUUCAACCUGUCACAUCAAGGGGAUUAUGCAGUGCUAGCUGCAGAGCAGGAGAUGCAGGUUGGAGUGGAUAUCAUGAAGACCACAAUGCCAGGUAGCAGCUCAGUGCCGGAGUUUUUCCGCAUCAUGACUCGUCAGUUUACAGCGUACGAGUGGAGCGUCAUCCAAUCAGCCGGCCCGGAGCACCAGCAGCUCGCCGCGUUCUACCGCCACUGGGCUCUGAAGGAGAGCUUCAUCAAAGCCAUUGGCACAGGCCUGGGCUUCAACCUGCAGAGGGUGGAGUUUCACCUGUCUGCCGACCCGCUCACACAGGGCCGGGCGCUGCGCCAGACCAAGAUGUAUCUGGACGACGAAGAAGAGGAAGACUGGAUGUUUGAAGAGAGCUUGCUGGAUGCGGAUCAUCACGUUGCUGUAGCGCUCAGACCAGCAGAUAAACCCGGCUCUACACCUUCUUUUCCAUCUCUUCCUCCUCCCACAACUUUCACGCUGCUGUCAUUCAGUGACCUCAUCACCUCAGCCUCCCCUCUGACAGAGGAAGACCCCGCCUACUGGAACAGCUUUGAGAUGAAGGCUGAAGCCCCGCAGAGACAGAGAGAUACACACACAUCCCAAUAAACCCCUGUCUCACAGUGACACCUGCCAUACAUACACAUACACACACACACACAUACAAACACCUUUCAAAAGUGCCAGAAAAGAAACACAUAGACUGACAUGGAAAACUGCAUUUCUAUUCAACACAAGUUUAGUCAAGUCAAGUUAAGUUUUAUUUAUAGAGUCAAAAAUCGCAGGUUCGUCUCAGAGGACUUCAGGAUCCAUACAGCAUCUGACACCUUCUGUCUGCAGAAGCUUAAGAGAGAAACACUCAGUAAAGAAAGCACAUAUUUGAUACACACACAAAUACUGAAUUGCAUCCGAGUAUCUGUUGUUGACCAAUCAGUUGGACAUCCUGUAGAUUUUGGCUUCCUGUUACAAUGAAAUUUACAAAUAUAUACUACAUAAAAAUUUUAUUUUAGGAUAAAGUCUAAGACAUUACACCAAGUUUCCUAUUAUUCCUCUUACAGGCUUCUUCAUUUAUACUUUUCUUUCUAUUUUUAAAACCAGUUAUACAUUUAAUGCAAAACUUAAAAUAAAUGCACCAGUGUUUUUAUUAUCACUUUA